UGGAUCAUAAGACCCCGCAAAACCCUAGUAAAAGAAGCGCACCCAUAUAUAUCCUCCAACCUUAAGAGGCCGCCGAAGCGUUUGGCAGCAGCAGAAGAAGCAGCUCAGAUCCAGACGGCGGCUUAGGGUUUCACUUCCCUGUAGGCAAAUCAGCAAACAUGACUUUCAAGAGAAGAAACGGCGGCCGGAACAAGCACGGCCGUGGCCACGUGAAGUUCAUCCGCUGCUCCAACUGCGGAAAAUGCUGCCCCAAGGACAAAGCUAUCAAGAGGUUUCUGGUGAGGAACAUUGUUGAGCAGGCUGCAGUUAGGGAUGUUCAGGAGGCUUGUGUUUACGAUGGUUACACCCUUCCUAAGCUGUAUGCUAAGAUGCAAUACUGCGUUUCUUGCGCCAUCCACUCCCACGUUGUGAGGGUUCGGUCUCGCGAGAAUAGGAGGAACCGUGAGCCCCCUCAGCGUUUCAGGCGCAGGGAGGAUACACCUAGGCCCGGUGCGCCUGGUGCUCCUGGUCAGGGUCCACGCGCUGUUGGAGCUGGAGCGCCAGCUGCUCGUCCAUGAAAAGGCAUCGCAUCAGCUGCUUGGUUGCUUUGAGGAUGUGCAUUGAGUCUUUUAAUUUUGGCUGCUACCUUACUUUAUUUCCAUUUUAUCUUUGAAUGUUUCUUUGACGCCGUUGUUACUUUAUAUGUCAUACUAUCAUGUUGUGGGAAGUUAUUUGCAAAAGGUAGCAGGAGAUUCAAAACCAGAGAUUUUCAUUUUCGUGUGUUAAUUUUCAUCCAGUGUUGGUUUUCACUAGAUUUUUAUUUUCGAAGAUUUUGGUACUCUAGAUUUUAGGCUAAAUUGUAGCCAUGGUCUUUGAACGAUGUACGAGUUUAGUUUUGGUCCGUGAACUCUAAUAAUAGAAUAGUUGCUCUCA